UCGUCGUCGUCGUCGUCGUCGUCGUGGUCUUGACGCUUCACACUGUGGCUGUGGAAGGGAAAGCUUGAAUAUUUUCGGGUUUGUCGUUGUUGGUUUUGUUGUUGCUGAGGCUGUGUCUGGUGCGCGUGCGCGCAGGAUUGUCAUCGAUGCCGCUCAUGCGGGCGGCCACGGUCGUGGUGUAUGCUGGGGCUUACCUGUUCGUUUUGUUUUUCGCUGUGUGUUUAGCGACCGGGCUGUAUUAUUUGGCGGAGCUCGUAGAAGAGUACACUCGGCUCACUAGGAAGGUGAUUAGUUAUGUUAUUAAGUUCGUGAUCGCGCUCCAUGUGAUCUUGCUCGUGGUGGAUCGACUUCCUAUGAUUUCUAUAGGCGUUGGUAUCGCGUCCCAUGUGGUGUACCACCGUCUGUUGAAAACGUUCCCCUACAUUUCUCUCACGGCCCCUGAUUUUCUGGGAAGUAUAUGCUUGCUGAUUCUGAGUCAUGUGGUCUGGAUUCGGUUCUUCUACACCGAUCCGCGCUGCGCCUACGUUACGAUGGAGUGGCUAUUUGGGUUCAUGUUGGUGAUGGUGUGGAUGGUGCCAUUCGCCUUCUUUAUCUCUCUAGCGGCUAACGAAAGCGUGCUGCCUGGUAGUGGCGGCUUAGGAGGAUAUCAUGGAUUCGGGAGCGGCGAUUUUUCGUCUCGCGGAGAUGAUGCCUCUGCCUCUGCACCGCCCAGACAGAAGGGCAAGCGAACACGAAGUUCCAUUUUAGGGUUUUUGAAUUUUUUGAGGAGCAAGCGCGACGAGGUGUUACCGAUGGUGUCUCGGUCCAUCCCUUCGUCUCGCAGAGUCGACUAGCGUCCUCUUGAGCUUACUUUCUCAUUCCAUGAAUUCUAUCGGGUUCAAGCUCAACACAUAUAUGGAGAGGGAGAAUCUGCACGAUGUAAUGAAAGCCACUAUACGGCAUUACACAUUGUAAUUUAAACAGGUCUUUUGAAUAUCGAGGAAUUUUCUCGUAUACUACUUCAUCCUGCUCAUUGCUGUAUUAUGAUGGUAUUGCGGACUUUUGCUCUGUGUGAACAUGAAGGCACCACUGUUGUACAUUUUAUUCAAUCGCCUGAUCGACUUUCAAUAAAGCGAGUGUUAGAUUUUAUCUCAA